AAUUGAAAUUCUUUAGCACUAGAACUGGCUACUGGGAGCUGGUUGCUACAACUUGGUUUUUUUUUCUCGGUUCGACAUUGGGUUACUUAAAAUAUAAUAUCGGAGGUACGGUACUUUGCCAGGUGUUUUUGCCUCCAGGGUUAUUGGUGGUGUCACAGCAUACCUAAGUCAGCCGGAGCGUACGGACUUGGUCGUAGCGGCCUAAGAAACCCAUUUCCCCAGGCAAUUAACAAAACCAUUUGGGGCACCUGCCUUCAAUUACCUGUUAGCCACUAGGCCAGGGCUUACCUUCCAGGGACUACAGGCGACUACCGCAGUAUACCAGCGCGAAAACACACUAUAAUUUAUAUCCUGUUAGGGCUCCAGGGCUUAAUAAUUUUCUCCCCCUCCCCCCCAAAGUUUCAGCACUUAUUUAAGAAAUCACCCCCCAAAGGGAGCGCGCAAUUGGACCAAAAGCGUCGCGACCGGGAAAAGUAUCAGCACAAGCUUUUAAGUGCUUAAAAACCUACAGUGGGAAAGUGCACACUGCACAGAAACAAAUCCUGACUAGUCCCCCAUCCCAAGGGACUCCACUGGCAGGCUUCUUUUACCCUCUUCUUCUCCUUCCAUCCUCUCACACACAUCACACAACAUUUCUUGACAUUGUUGUAAGAUGUCAACGCCGACCACUGCAACAGCCACACUUCCUCCUCACUAUCGCCAUCACCAUCACCCCUCACACCAUUAUCCGCCUUAUCCAAACUUACAGAGCAGCGGCUCCUCUUAUCGAUCUGUCGCUGGUAGCGUUACUACUACUACUACUACUGCAAACCCUAUUCUCCCCACUCCAACCUCGACGGCUUCGACGGCAACUAUUUCUAAUCGCCAUCACGCUCCUCCCCCCUCUUCUUCUUCAUAUACUACCAAUUCUGCAUAUACUGCCAGUAAAUCUUCCCAACAUUCCACAAAUGGAGUAGCGGCGUCUGUAGCCACUACGAGACCAACUCAAGAUUCUUCGAGGACCAAUUCCACUCCUCAACUGGACGCAAAUCACUCCAACAUGGCUCCCUCAACAGCCUCCUCUACUCAAACCUAUAACACCGAUGGCCAACCGAGAAAACGUCGAAGAUCCAAGGAGCCCGACUGGAAAAGCUUUUACAAGAAUGGCCUUCCGAAAGAAGUAAUUGUUAUACACGAUACUCCCGAGCCCGAAAAUAACCCCCCCGCCGCCGCCGCUUCUUCGUCACGAACUUAUGCGAAUGGUACCGCGAAAGAAGUUAUCGCUCGCCAUACCGCCAAGAGACGCAGGAAAGACGAUGGCGUCCGUGCUGAGGAUGCAUAUGAAGCCAGCGUAAAUGGCUCUUAUCAACCCACUUCCAUUAGCGGUUCGACUUCGACCGAUCGCACGACGUCGGCCCACAACACUACGGCCGCCACCUCGCUUGGCUCGCUGUCUUCGAAUGGACAGUACGACUAUGAAGGUGCCCAUGCAGGACAAAAAAGAAAGAGAACCAGACAGCAGAUUGCUCAAGAGUUGAAGAGACGAGAGGUCGAGGUUCUAGCCGACUCUUUCGUCAGCUAUCGCCCUCCCCAGAAGCCUGUGAAAAAGGCUGGUGAUGUGACCGUCCGAGUUGUUAACGAUCGAUCCCACCAGAGUGGCGUAAGAGUGGAUGACGAUGACGGUCACUACAUCGUUGUUCCCGAUGCCGAUCUCACACCCCAAUAUCAAAUGAUUAAGCUUCUUGGGCAAGGCACAUUUGGAAAAGUUGUUCAGGCUCGUGAUCGCAAAAGAAGCAAACUAGUCGCGAUCAAAAUCAUUCGAGCUGUGCAGAAGUAUCGCGAUGCCUCUAGGAUCGAAUUGCGUGUGCUGCAGACUUUGAAAGCCAAUGACGAAGAAAACCGAAACAGAUGCAUACAUCUUCGAGACUGCUUCGACUUCCGCGGCCACAUCUGUAUCGUCAUGGAUCUCCUUGGAUCAAGCGUGUUCGACUUCUUGAAGAGCAAUAACUUUGUUCCCUUCCCGAAUAGUCAAAUCCAAAGUUUUGCCCGCCAACUGUUUACCAGUGUAGCCUUCCUACAUGACUUGAAUCUCAUCCACACCGAUUUAAAGCCGGAGAAUAUUUUGCUCUGUGAUAGCGCUUAUCAGACGUUUACCUACAACCGCAGGAUACCAUCCUCUUCGGCUGGUGUGAAUCGCCAGGCCACUCAACGCAAGGUGCUUCUUGACACCGAGAUUCGCCUGAUCGACUUCGGAUCUGCGACAUUCCAAGAUGAGUACCACUCAUCCGUUGUUUCCACCCGGCAUUAUCGAGCACCCGAGAUCAUACUCGGACUGGGCUGGUCAUUCCCUUGCGAUAUCUGGAGCAUCGGUUGCAUAUUGGUUGAAUUCUUUACCGGAGAUGCUCUAUUUCAGACACAUGACAACCUAGAGCACCUGGCUAUGAUGGAGAAUGUCUGCGACAGUCGCAUUGACACACAUCUCGUCCAGACUGUAAACAAAAUGGCUACGCGUAGUGCAGGCAACGCCGCAUCCAAGUACUUCAAGCGACUGCGGCUGGAUUAUCCUACAGCAGAGACUACCCGAGCUUCGAGACGCUUUGUCAAGAAUAUGAAGCGUUUGAGUGAUAUCAUCCCCUCCUCGAGCCCGUUCCUCAGAUCCUUUUUGGAUCUUUUGCAGAAAAUCUUUGUUUACGAUCCUGCAAAGCGAAUUACCGCUCGACAAGCUCUAGAGCAUGAAUGGUUCCGAGAGCCAGCUAUCCCCGAUGACGGCACCGAGGCUGCAAAAAUUCGGUUAGAACGAAUGAAGGAGCAUGAUUACCACCCUACCCGAAGUGUUGCAGGGGGUUGAUGGCAUAACAAACUCACCAGACACCGACAACACAAUAUUGAUACCAAAACGAACCUGUAUAUUUGAGAUGGAGAUUCAGGCCUAGUACACAAAGCGUUGCAACAAUAGUUUGCAAUGCUCUUAGGCUUUGGGAAAGGGACAGGGGAAAUAGGCGUUCUGGCCAGCAUUUUGCGAGUAGUUAUUAUGGCAUUGAGCUACGUUACAUAAAAAUGUCUACAGCCUCUGCGCCAUCGUAGACGAGACGACUUGCGACGUUUUCUCAAUAUAGAACUCACUACUUCGGGCAGCAUUUUGUGCUGGUUGAGAUCUAAUAUUCCUGCAUUCCUGCUUUUCUAUCUGUCUACUUACAAACGUGAGGCCUUUGUCUACGCGCCUGAAUAGCGCCGAUAGGCCAUAAUGAUAAUGGAUAAUCAAUAUAAUGAAAAAUCGAG